GUAGUGGUGAUGGUAUGGUGAUGAUGGUGGUGGUAGUGGUGGUGGUAGUAGUCAUACAAUAGAAUAGUAGGGAAGUAUAGGAAAUUUGAAAUCAUAAAGAGAGAACAUGUUAUAGCCAUCCCUUCUUCUUUCCGUACCGUAAGGCCAGAUGAAUUCGACCGAUGACUUCAACAAAUCUGGGGAAUAUUAACCAACUCUGCAGAUGGAUGGAAGGAUUAAUGUCUGCUUUGGUACUCUCUGUUUACGAUUUUUAUUGAAUUAAUAUAUAAUUUGUCCCACAUUUUAUAUACUAAUUGGAGAAUCAAGAAAAAUAAAAUGUCAAGUCCAGUGAUAAUUUCUGCUGCUACCAGACAUACAGCUACGCUUAUAUUCUUCCAUGGCUUAGGUGAUACAGGAAAUGGUUGGGCCAGUCCUAUGGCAGCAGUUAGACCAUCUCAUGUUAAAGUUAUUUGCCCAACUGCACCAACAAUGCCAGUGACUCUUAAUGCAGGCUUCCGAAUGCCAUCUUGGUUUGAUUUACGAUCUUUGGAUCCUGCUGGUCCAGAAGAUGAAGAUGGUAUACGUAAAGCUGCAGAAUAUGUUCGUAGUCUAAUUGCACAGGAAGUUGCUGCAGGUAUAUCGACAAAAAAUAUUGUCUUAGGAGGAUUUAGUCAAGGUGGAGCUUUGGCUAUAUAUAGUGCGCUUACAUAUCCAGAACCAUUAGCUGGUAUAAUAGCUUUGUCAUCUUGGCUUCCUUUACAUCAAAAGUUUCCUGGAGAAGCAUUAGGAAAUAAAAAUACACCGCUAUUGCAAUGUCAUGGAGAUUGUGAUCCUAUAGUGCCAUAUAAAUGGGGUCAAAUGACUGCAUCUCUUCUUAAACAGUUUAUGUCACAGACAGAAUUUAAAACAUACAGGGGAAUGAUGCAUACAUCCUCUGAAGAGGAAAUGCGCGAUGUGAAAAAAUUCCUUAACACAGUCUUGAAGCCGUAAUAAAUUACAUUGAGCACACUCUUACAUUUUAAGAAUUGGUCAGAUUACCUUAUUAUUUAAUCAAUAAUCAAACUGAUUAGUUUUAAUUUACCUAUUACCUCUGGUAAAAGGAAAAGUAGAUACAAUUUCUUUAUUUUUAAAGGAAGUAUAAUCAGUUGAUUAGAAGAGCAUUCUUUUUAAGGUAUAUUUAUUUUUAGCUAAUUAGAGCGUAGAAUACUCUAUACAUUGAAAUAUUAAUUCUUUAAUAUGUUGUAGCUACUCAAAAUUAAAAAUUUUAGUUUAAUUUCAGGACAACAGUUGUAUUGAAUAAUGCAUUUGUUUUAAUAUUAUGUUGUUAACCAAUAGUAGAUCAAUAAUUUAUCGGCCUUCCUUGUUCUUCGUUCUAAGCCAACUAAAAUUUAUAAAAGAAAUAAUGCAGAAGUGGCUUUUAUAGGUAUUCUUAAAAAAAAUAAAUUGUAGAACCAAAAAUUACGAGUAGCUUAGAUCUAGGAUUAUUUAUUAUUAGUGUACAGAGUAUAACUUCACAAAGAAGGGAAUUAAAAGCUGUAUUAUUAGUUCACUAUAACAUCUCCGAUCUCAAACAGCAACUUAAGUUAUAAUUUUGAGAAGAGAUAUUUUUAAUAUUUUUAUUGUUAAAUUAUAUUCUCCAAAAUAAAGCUUCCAUAUUUUGUUUUC